CAAAGGUCAUUUAGAACGUAUUUAAUAAGAUGUAACUAAUGGAUAUAAGAUGUAGUGUGUUAUGGAUUUUCGUUCACCGACGACUAAUAACUUAGAAAACGCAGAAGAUGUCAUAUGACUACGGAGAAAAGAAUGGUCCCCACACAUGGGUUUUGCGAUUUCCGAAUGCUGGAGGAACCAAACAAUCCCCUAUCAACCUAAAUACAAUGUCAAUGAGGCUUGACGAAUCAUUAACUCCAAUUACUGUAGACUUUAGUGAACUACAGAAACAAACUUUGCACGUCAAAGAACAUAAUUUCUCAGUUGAAGUAAAGGGAAACGGAGUCUUAUCCGGUGGUCCAUUGUCAUCCGAAUAUAAACUGACACAAUUUCAUUUACAUUGGGGAUCUGGUAAUAACUGGGGCUCUGAACAUAUGAUCAAUGGAAUAAGUUGUCCAGCUGAAUUACAUUGUGUAUUUAUCAACAGUAAAUAUGCGACAAUGGAAACUGCCAUUACUUAUUCUGAUGGAUUAUCAGUGAUUGGGAUAUUUUUUCAACUGGGCAAAUCAUCGAAUAAUACUACUACUAAUAAUAAUGCUUUAAAACGUUUAUGCACAUUACUAAAAUCAACAAAAAAGGGUGAAAGCAAAGAUAUUCAACCACUGCUUGAUUUGAACACACUUUUACCAAAUGAUUUAUCUAGAUACUAUACCUAUUCUGGAUCAUUAACUACUCCACCGUGUAAUGAAUGUGUCACAUGGAUUGUUUUGGAUGAACCGGUAGUGAUGACUAUUGAUCAACUUGAAACAUUACGACAAAUGCAUGCAAACUGUGUAUCGUGUGGUCAAACUGAUAACUUUCGCCCGAUCUGUCCCAUUGGUUCACGUUCAGUAAGAUGUUCAUUUCGAGUUUAAAAAAACAAAACAAAACAAAACAAAACAUGCAACUUCAUUUCAUUCGAAACUUAAUCUAAUCAUUGAGAAAGUAGCCAGAUUCAUUCAAUUAAUUCAUUGAUAUACUAUUAUAGUUUACUCGUUGCACAUUUCUUUUACUUUGUGUACACAGAAAAAAAGCCCUAAUUCACACAACAGACUUAAUCAAUAAAAUAAUAUAACACUCAGGAAUAAUUUUAAAUCACUCUCUCUCUCUCUCUCUCUGCAUACAUUGAUUGUAAUUCUAGUCGAUAAUGAAUGAGAAGCCUAUGAAACUAUGCAAUUCGUUCAUUGAUUUUAUUUUUUUCUUCAUUUCAAAAACAAAAUGUACCCAAUCAAUUUUGAAAGAAAAGUAUUCUAUUCUUAUCAAAUUAGUAUUUCACUGCAAAUUCUAAACGAUCAAAUUACCUGAUUUUGAUAUAUAUUUGAGAACGUCUUUCUUAUUAUUUUCCUUUCUCUCGCCCUCUCUCUCUCUCUGCCGCUCUUUCUCUCUUAAACUGUGGGAAAAAAUCAUCAAGAGUCUAUUUAUUUUAUUUAAUUUUAUUUUAAUGUUUCAUGUCAUUGCCUCAACCUAAUUUCCUUCCUAUUUACAUCCUGUUUUGUACUGUUGUCAUUGAUGAUUGUUGUCUAUCAUUGGCCAUCUCACAUUACUGUCGUUUGCUACAACAGCCCCCUUUGCCCUUCUCCACCGCUCAUUAGACUGAUGCAGUUGCAAUAAAUUGUAAUCGUAAUUUCAAAAUUCCAAUAGUUCAUUGAUUUCAUUUAUUUACAGUAGAACAAUUUCACGAAAAAAAGAGCAAUAAAUAUACAUUUAUAUAUAUAUA